AUGUUUCGUCUGGGUAAAAAGGAUUGUAAUGAUUCUCUCUACCAUACCUCCUUCUUUCCUUCCACCAUCUCUCAUUCUUUCUCUCUAACAAGUCUUCUCUUUUUUCUCCACCAUCUCUUCCCUUUUCUUCUCACCAUAUCUUCCUCUUUCUCUCCAAUAUAUCUUCCCAUUACUUUCCACCAUCUCUUCUGUUUUCUCUCCACCAUCUCUUCCCCUUUCUCCUCACCAUAUCUUCCUCUUUCCUCCCACCAUCUCUCAUUCUUUCUCUCUAACAAUUCUUCUCUUUUUUCUCCACCAUCUCUUCCCUUUUCUUCUCACCAUAUCUUCCUCUUUCCUCCCACCAUCUCUCAUUCUUUCUCUCUAACAAUUCUUCUCUUUUUUCUAACAAUCUCUUCCCUUUUUUUUCACCCAUAUCUUCCUUUUCUCCCUUUCUUCUUCACCUCUCCACCAUCUCUUCCCUUUCUCCUCACCAUAUCUUAUCUUUUCUCUCAUUCUUUUUCUCAUCAAUUCUUCUCUUUUUUCACCAUUCUUCCCCUCUCCCACCACCUCUUCCCUUUUCUUCCACCUCUCUCUCAUUCUUUCUCUCUUUUCUUUUUAUCUUCCACCUCUUCCCUUUCUCUCAAUAUAUCUUCCCAUCUCCAAUAUAUCUUCCCAUUACUUUCCACCAUCUCUUCUUCUUCUCUUUUUUUCUCCACCUCCAAUAUAUCUUCCUCUUCACCAUCUUUCCCUUUCUCUCUCACCAUAUCUUCUCCCCCAUCUCCAUUCUUUCUCUUUCUCUCUCCACCAUCUCUUCCCCCCUUUCUCCUCCAUAUCUUCCUCUUUUCCCACCAUCUCUCUCAUUCUUUCUCUCUAACAAUUCUUCUCUUUUUUUCUCCACCUUUUCUCUUCCCAUAUCUUCUUCUCCUACUUUCCACCAUAUCUUCUAUAUCUCUUUCCUCCCCAUUCUCUUUUUCUCCACCACAUCUUCUGUUUCUUUCACCAUAUCUCCCCUUUUCCUCCCACCAUCUCUCAUUCUUUUUUUUCUCUUUUUCUCCACCAUCUCUUCCCUUUUUUCUCACCAUAUCUUCCCUUUCUCUCCACCAUAUCUUCCCAUUUCCUCCACCAUCUCUUCUUCUUCUUUUUUCUCCACCAUCUCUUCCCUUUUCUUCUCACCAUAUCUUCCUCUUUCAUCAUCUCUUCUUUCUUUCUCUAACAAUUCUUCUCUUUUUCUCCACCAUCUCUUCCUUUUUUCUCCUCACCAUCUUCUUUCUUCUCUCAUUCUUUUUCUCUCAAUUCUUCUCUUUUUCCCUUUCUUCCCUUUUCUCCUCACAAUAUCUCCCUUUUCCUCCCUUUCCAUUCUUCUUUUCUCCCACUUCUCUUUUUUCUCCACCAUCUCUUCCCUUUUCUUCUCUAUCAAUAUAUCUUUCCACCAUCUCUUCUUUUUUUCUCCACCAUCUCUUCCCCUUUCUCCUCCCAUAUUUCCUCUUUCCUCCCACCAUCUCUUUCUUUCUCUCUAUCAAUUCUUCACUUUUUCUCCACCAUCUCUUCCCCUUUUCCUCACCAUAUCUUCCUCUUUCCUCCCCCAUCUCAUUCUUUCUCUCUAACAAUUCUUCUCUUUUUUCUCCAUCUCUUCCCUUUCUUCCAUAUCUUCCUCUUUCUCCCCACCAUCUCUCAAUUCUUUCUCUCUAA